AUGCCUGAAAACGCCAGUCCUCGGGUUAGUGUUGCCCGCCAAAUCAGCUGCCAUUUUCCGUACUUCCCGUGGCGAGGCGAAGAGGACGUGGCGCCGCGAAGCCUGGCGACAUUGCUGAGCGAUGUGGGCCCCGAGGAUCUGGGGCUGACGGCCGCAGCGGCGAGAUCACCAUUAGAGCUGGUGGCUGCGGUUUCGACUUCGUCCCUGCGCUUUGCUGCAGAAGCGGCCGAGUUGACGAGCAGUGAGGUGCUGCUUGCUUCGCCCUGCCUUUGGCUGCACCAGCAGUUUGCGGAGGAAUUGGCCAUCGCGUGCUCGGAGUACUCGGCUGCUGCGCUGCUGGUGAACCCUGCGCAGGAGGAGCCAAGGCGCCUUUCCAAGAAGCAGAAGCAGAAGCUGCGCCGGAGGAAGGCUGAAGAAGCCUUGCAGGCAGCGGCCGAGGCAAAGACGGGGACGAGCUCAGGGACGGUUGCAGUCUUUAGGCCGUGUCUCGGCAAGCGUACUGGCGAUGCAUAUCGCUGGAUCUCUUACGGCAGAGUCUAUUCUGCAGCCAAGAAGAUCUCAAGUGCUCUUCAAGCGAAGCUUGCACCGGGGUCUCUGGUGGGCAUCUGUGGUGUCAACAGCCUCAACUGGUUCCUGGCUGACCUGGCAGCGGUCUUCGCCGGCGUUGGCUCCGUUCCACUGAGCGAGGAUUGGGAUUUGGCAAAGCUUCGUCCAGUAGUGGAGAGGUGUGAGCUUUCUACUGUGUUCUGUGACGGAUCGCAGCUUCCGAAGUGUCUGGCGCUGCCUUCACUCAGGUGGAUCAUCGUCCUGGAUGGUUGCGAAAAUGUAGGAGAGAGCGUGGAGGGCAUGUGCCACAUCGUUUCGAUGGACUCCUUGGCAGUCGCCCAGCCGGAGCGGCCCAUAAAGUUGCGAGGACCUUCAGACGUCCACACCAUCCUCCACACCUCGGGAACCACCGGCCUGCCCAAGGGUGUGGUCUACAGCGAUGAGCUUUGGCAGAAGAACAUGCUUAUGUAUCCGGGUCUCAAUGUGGGCUACUCGUACAUGCCGCUCGCCUACAUCACGGACCGUCAUACAGUGUACACAGCGCUCUGGAAUGGUGGACGUGUGGGAAUCCGAACACCGGGUUCUACCGAUGAAAUCUUUCGUGACCUCCAAGCUCUGCGGCCAACGGUUCUGAAGGGCGUGCCAGCCUUCUGGGAGAGAGUGCAACGGGCGGCACGGCUGGUGCAGGAUCGGUCGCUUCGCUUGCUGGGUGGCCGCUGCCGAGUGUUGAUCUGUGGUGCGGGUGCGCUGGAUGCUGGUGUGGCAGACUGGUUUCGCAGCUGUGCGUUGGACACUGGCCCUGUGGAGUUUCUGGAGAUGUACGGAGGCACGGAGUGCGGCAACAUCGCGGUCAAUCGAAGGAUUAACAAGGACAUCGAGUACAAGGUGCUCCCGUUCGAGGACAUGGAGCCUGGCAGUGGCGAGUUGGUCGUCAAGACAGGAAGCCACAUGUUCUCAUGCUACUACAAGGACCCGGAUCGAACUGCAGCUGCCUUCACAGAGGAUGGCUUCUAUAAGAUCGGGGACCUCGUGCGUGUAGAGGGGGAUCAGAUCGAAGUGAUCGGUCGCGCAAAGAGCUCCAUCAAGCUGGCGACGGGCAAGUGGGUCUUCCCGGAGUCCUUGGAGAUCGUGUACAGGACAGAGCUAGAAGCCCAGAAUGUCCAACACGUCUUCGUUCACGGCGACCUUUACCACGACUCUUUGGUCGCCGUUGUCGAUGCGGAGUCGAAGAACUUGGACCCCCAGCAGCUGCUGCAAAAGCUGCGCAGCCGCAGCCCUGCUCCACUGUGCGCGGUGCUUCUCGCCGAAGAGCCGUUCUCGCAAGAAGCCGGAACGCUGAACGGAACAGGGAAGAUGGACAGAAAGCGCCUUCUGUCCAUAUAUGGAGCUGCAAUCGAGGAAGAGCUGCAGAGGAGUGCCGCCAUUGCUGCGCGAGCCUCACUGGGCGAACUGGAUGCGGCCAAGAGCUUCAAGACGCAGGGCGGAACUUCCCUGCAAGCGGCACGAAUUGCACGCCUCUACCUGGAGUUGGGCGUCCCGAUGAGCCGGGCAGUGCAGCUGCUACUUUCGGACGAGCCGCUUGACUAUGUUCGGUCGCAGCUGGAGGAGGUGGAUGCCAUGGCGGAUUCAAAGCUCGGACUGCCGAAACCGCAGGUGGGAAAGCCAAGGCGUGAAGAAGACACGGAGUACACCCUGCUCACAGGUGGCACCGGCAUGGUCGGGCGCUACAUCCUUGCAGAGCUCCUGGAGAGGAGGAGACCGGUGCUUUGCCUCGUGCGGGCGGCUUCGGAGCACCAAGGGCGGCAGCGACUGGUCCAUGCGCUGACCCAGUGUGGUCGCUACCGGCCUGAGUGGUGGCAGCAGCUGGUGGUGUCGACGGCAUCACUGGCCAAGCCCUUGGACCUGAACCGGUCGGUCAAACAUGUCAUCCAUGCAGCUGCGAAGGUAGAUCUGAAGGCACCUUAUGCGGCCCACAGAGCUGCGAAUGUGCUUGGUACCUUCAACGUGCUGAGCUACGCGGCGAUGGUUGGCGCCAGAGUCCUCUUCAUUUCCACGACGGAUGUUUACAAGGACAAGGCCCAGGCGGAUGCCUGCGCCGUCGAUCCGGUGGCGGAGGUCCUCCAAGACGCGAGGCAUGGCUAUGCAGCAUCCAAGGCGGUUGGGGAGGCUCUCGUCGCCCAAGCCCUGCGCCAAGGCCUCUCUGCCUGCACAGCGCGGCUUGGUAUGGUUGCUGGGGACCGGCUGACGGGGUAUUGCUCGGCGACAGAUUUCACCAUGCGCUUGACGAUCGGCUACUUGGUGGGCAUGCAUUGCCUCCGAUUUGCUCAUGCGCAGUCCUUCCCGCAGACGCAGGACGAGACCGGAAUAUCCGGCUUCGUGGGUGAUCACCACACGGCCGUGCACUCGCUGCCGGUCGAUGUUGUGGCUGCUGCAGUGGUGGAUUUGCUGGAGCCUGGGCAAGCCAGGAGGAGUGGGGCGCCCCUCCUGCGCAUGGCAGAGCUGCAGCAAUGGCUCCUUGAUGGAACGCGGAUUCGGGUGAAGCCUUCGAAGUGCUUGCGCAUGGACGACCUGCGCGUCAGUUCUACGAGAGCCAUGUGCACAACUCCAACAGUAUUGAGCCCCAUUCUGCUGCUUCGGUCGGAGAUGCCCGAGUUCAGCCAAUUGCUCGUGCUACCGUUCCCGGAGUGGAUUCGAAAAGUAGAAGAAGAGGCACAGUUGUCCGCGUGGCCGGUCAUCGGAUGGGCAAAGGGCCAUGCGGAGUUUCCGGUUUUCAACACACGGUGCCCGGAGCUCAACGCUCCUUGGGCGCGGCAAGAGACCCUGGAAGGACGAGUUUUUAAACAGAGGUAUGAAGAAAGCCAUGCUCCGGAUGGAGUCAGGAAGCCACAUUCAGGUUUGCGCCGCGGCUUGGAUGAGGACUGUUUCCGGAGGAUGCUCCGCUUCAUCUUCGUCUCCGUGCCCUGCCACGAAAGCACGGGAGACUGCCAGGCAGUGAAUGCGGGAGGUGAUCGUCUUCAUCCGACAGCUGUAAGCUACGCCAUCUUGGAGAGGAGUUUCUGGGACGCCGAGCUCCGCCACGCCCUGCGCGCGCGGCUACGGGGUGGACUGGGAGGGCGCUGCCAUGAUGACAGCCGUGUGGAAUUCCUCCUGAGGAAUCGCGACAGGCUUGGAGAGAUGGAUUGGGACCUUGGCGAUGACGAUGACAGCGAGGAGGGCAAAGAUGAUGGAAGUGUGGUACCAGCUGGGAAACAUGGGAAGCUUCCGCAGCUUCGCAAGCGGCUGCCACCGGCAGUCACGGGUCUUCGCCUCUACGAGACGCUGCACCGGGAGUACGCCAAGGCGCUACAAGAGGAGGGACUGACAGUGGCAAUGUCGCGCGUCGCCGAUACGGCUUCGGAGAAGUAUGCAGAGCUACACAGGACAGCGCUCGAACUCCUGAGGUCCGUGGCCAGCCGCCAUCGCGAGAGUGGCAGCCGAUCGUCGGCCAACUACGACGUGCUCAUUUUCCGGGGAGAGGCUUUCGGCGACCGGCGCCGCAACCUUUCAGUGCGUCUGGCAAGCCUCCGCCGACGCCGGGGCAAAGUGCGGGAGGCCCUUUGCUCCGUGUUGGCAGCGCUUUGUUGCCGCUUGCAGAAGAACUGGCUCGCGGCGUACGACGAGGAGGAGCCGGUGCGUGGCUACUUUGCCCAUUCUUUGGUCGAGGCGAGCUCUGUCUUCCGUGUGGCCCUGCGCCCCGGGCGCCCGCUCCGCCUUGCCUCACUCCUGAUCUAUCAGGAGCUCCCGCUGGCACAAGCGCUGGCUGCCAUGGACCACGGCGGACCCUUCCCUGAGGGCCACGAGAAGGAGCCAAUCGGCGAGCGCCGGUACGGCUUGCAGCGCGUUGGGGUGGAAGGCUGCCCCGGUGAGGAGCAGAAGGAGCGGCUCUGCGACGUGGAGCCCGAGGCCCGCAUCCGCGAUCUGAUGAAGUCGAAGGCUCCAGUAAUUGUCCUGGACGUGUACUGUGCGCUGGCUCCGAAGGAUCACGCCAAGCGCCACAACCUGGGACCGGUGGUGAAGGCCGAGCUUGCAGCGCUCUUGCGCCGGAGUCGAGAUGCAGGACAGGCUGUCCUCUUCCUGGUGGGCGGCGAGCGCCCAGCCCAGCUGGCGCAGAAAGUGUACCUGCAGCCACGUUUCACUUCCAUUGGCGGCCUGAUGUGCGGGUAUCUCCGCUGGAAGCCCGAUGCUUCAGCACCUUGGGAGCCGCCAAAGCUGCAGGGCCAGCGGAGGAUCAUCUUUGGCCUACAAUUGCCUUGA